AUGGCCAUUAUUCUGUACGAUGGGUUCAUCCGUGUCGUCAUAUCAUUAGGUGCCGAGCCUUUGGUGCUGACUUUGUCACGUGGUAAUCGGCUUGAUGACGGAGAUUGGCAUUUUAUUGAAGUGCGUCAGGAAUUAAAGGUACAAGUUAAUAACAGCUGGAAAAGUAUUGUCGACAAGGCAGUAUUAUAAAUAUGAAGGAGCCAAAGUUCAUUGUUGGUACACAAAAAGCCAUUACUUUUUUUUUUUUUUCUGUUUAUCAAAAAUUACAGUGCUUUGUCUCACUCAUUUAGAUGGCGUAACUAAACUUUCGAAAUUUGCUCAAAUUAUACGUAUUAACUUGGAUGCAAUCAGGGUAAUGUAGUGCGCAUUGAGUUCCUUUUUCUGGAGGGAACCUAACUACGUUGCAGCGGAACUCAGGUCAUGGCCUUUUACCUUUUUCUUAUGAUUAAUGCAAGUUUUGGUGGCUUAACAGGCAGUUUUUUUAUUUCUUGGCUAUUUAUCGGUUAAAUUAACACUAAAAAAGCCUUCAUUGGUUGAUUCAUGUUGUUGAAGGAAUAAACGCUAACCUGCCUGUGACUUAAUAUGAUUGAGUCGUAACUCAAUUUUGCAAAUUACAAUUCCUGCCGCUGUUAUUGUCCAUUUCAGAAAACAAUUGUUCCAAAUCGGUUUCUUUUAGUUUUUUAUUGAACCAAUCAAAACCAAGACAUUCGUCGAUCUAAAAACUACCAGAAAAUCUUUCAAACUAGUUAAGCAACCUAAAAAUAGCACGUGAGCUUAUUUUAAUGAUAUUCUACAGCAUUUUAUUCGUGAGCUAUGACGUCAUCGUCGCUUAUGUAUACGCCUCAAAUUUAUGAGUUUCUCCCUCAAAAAGGACUAACCGGUGAGCCCUACACAGAGUCUAUACUCCUAAUUAGAUAGAGCAUCAGGAAAAUUUUCGCUGUCAACUUUUUUCACAGAUUAUUACAGUUAUUGUUGAUCGCUGUGAGAACGCACGUUUGGUUCAGUUAGGAGAAGAGUUGGUGGAAGAUGAAAGUAAUUGCAAAAUAACAGGCAAAAUUAGAGGAACAAACUAGUAAGUAUACAAUCAAUCUCAGCUAAUUGCAUACGUAUCGGAGAUGGUGAUCGUAUGCGCGUUAAAUACAUGUAAAAAUGAGAUAAUAAUACUGAUACUACUGACCCAUAGGAGACAAGUGAAAUCUUGCAGGUGAAACAAACUAGUCUCAUGAUUAUGUGACCACAGUUUGGCUAGUGUAGAGCCCACCGCCUCCCCCCACCUCCCCCUAAAACAACAUCUAUGUCUUAAUCCUUUUCUGGUUUCCCCCGAAAAGCCUUUGAUUGGCUCUUCAUGUUAAUGUCAUGACGUAACUUAUUUUAGGUGUAGUGAUUGUGAAUGAAUGCAGAUCAUGCAUAAUUUCUCGGGAAAAACCUCAGCGUUUGCGGACGUAACCAAAACAGUUCUUGUGACUUGUAUUGUGGCCUAUUUAUCACCCGGCUCACGCAUCAUUAUUGCCAUUGGGCCGCUAUUCAGGCGCUCUAGAGUGUCUGCGAUCAAGGCUAUUUUGGCGUUCUCAAAACAAAAGUGUGAAGUUAGAUAACUAACAACAGUUAUUAAAUACAUUCUAUGGGUUUUAUCAUUUUACUCACAAUAUCAUAAUUCUUAACCGCAUCUUGAAGCAUUAUGACUUGUUCUGUUUUAAAGAUAAGAAUUCAAAUGAACAUCAUUAUCAUCUAAGUAUACUUCGCAGAUGUUUUCGGUGUCGUUAUAUUUAUUAAACAACAAUGGAAAAAAAGGUGGAAAGAUCUGUGUUUUAAACCCCUAGUUUAUAUAUAUAUAUAUAACUUCACAGAAGUUCAGGUUUCACGAGUAAUGCUCCUCAAUCAAUAGAGUCGAGCGCUCUACGAAAUACGUUCUACUCAGAAAACGAAUUUAUAUAUAUAUAUAAAUAUAUAUAUAUAUAUUUUUUUUUUCAGCUAUCUCAACAGUCUUUGGCCACUUCAGAUCGGAGGCGUAGAAAAUUCUGGCAUUGCCUAUCCUAAUCUCAAUUAUACUGGUUUCAAUGGCUGUAUACGAAAAAUAACCAAUAACAAUCACAUGUACGAUCUGAGGACCCCACUGAAAGUAGUAAAUGCACCUGAAGGGUGCCAGAAGGCUACCGGAUGUCCGUACUGCAACAAUCAAGGGUACUGUGAACCCUACCUGACAAAGUCAGGGGUGUGUGUCUGUGAUGUUGGAUACUCUGGAAGAAACUGCUUAACAGGUUAGUCUUCGCCUGCAGUUUGUGUGCUCCUGUUAUGUGAUUAACCACUGAGUCUAAAAAUUGAUCACUUUUUACGUGUUUCUUAAGACGUUACAAUCUAACGUCUCAAGGACACCUACUUAACAAAGGCACUUUUUUAUUGCUGACAACUCACCCUUUUUCCACAAAUGAGGAUCGAUUAGGAUUCCCUAUUCCUUGAUACGCAUACAUUUUUUCUUUUUUUAAAAUAUUAUCAAUAAAAAUAGUAUAAAUUUACGGUUAAAAAUAAAGUAUUUAUGAGAAUAAGCAAAGACAGGGAAUCCUCGUUACGGAAACGUUGUCAGCUGUAAUCAGCAACGAAGAUGUGCCUGUGUCAAGAAAGUGUACGUAAGACAUUCACAUGACGUCACGGCGGCCAUAUUGCUUUUCCAAAACAAUGAAACGGCGGCCAUGUUGGUGUUCCAUACCAAUCCUGUGGGAGUUGAACUUUUUUUAAGUAAACGCUUUCCUUUGUUCCAAUAAAUUUACAUAGAUGCUAGCCACGUGAGUGAAAACUUGUUCAUUAUACCUUUUCUGUGAAUAAGUUCCCCAUCGACACUUUUAUGAUCCACACUUUAGUUUUUUCUUGGGAGUUAAAAAUUGUCAACAUAUCUAUUCGCCAAACUUUCAGCCCAUUGAAAUUUUUAUCAAUUGGUUUCGAGAUACUGCGAUGUUACAGUUACAGAAUACUGAGGAUCAAAAGAAAGUCAACCCUGCGUAGGCCAUUCUAAACCAAUCAACAUAAUCUUUACUCAUAUUUUGCAUUUUCACUGAAUAGCUGCAGUUGGUAAUUACUAUUUGGAAAACAGUUACUCCCAGUACUCUGUAACAUCGUGGGGAACGUCCUCCUCCUCCUCCUCCUCCUCCUCCUCCUCCUCCUCAUCAUCAUCAUCAUCAUCAUCAUCAUCGUCGUCGUCGUCGUCGUCGUCUUCGUCUUCGUCAUGGUCGUCAUCAUCGUCGUCCUCAUCAUCCUCAACGCUAUCAAGGCGGCGACGUGAUACUCUUCCAGCUCCCCAACCUAUAACAAGUGAAUAUUUCACUGACAUUGGUCUCAAGAUGAAGGCCAAACCAGGAACGAAUAACAGCCUGAUAUUUUUGUCAACUAACAGCCUUGGAACAGAGUUUGUCAGGGUUGACGUAAGUUAAAUGCAGAUGUUCCAUACCUUCUUCAUUAUCAUGCUUUGCUUGUACGAAGUUUCCCAAGUUGAUUAACAACAUCUAAGGAAAAGAAAGGCUAUCUCAAGGAAAAGAAAGGCAAAGUGCUCUCAUGAUUAAUCGUUGUUAAAGUUUUUACAGACAUAACAUUUUAGGAUUUUUUUUUUUUUUCACAAUACUUGAUGUAUAAUGUCACAAUUGAUUUUCACUCUUAACGUUUUAGGAUUUUUAAAGUUUUACAACUAAGGAUUUUUAAAGUUUUACAAUACUUGAUAUAUAAUGUCACAAUAGGCUAGAAAUUUAAUGAUUUUCAAUCGGCAGUUUCAUAAUGUAAAGCGCAUUGAGGAUAGAAAUGCGCUUAAUAAGAAUCUAUAUUAUUAUUAUUAUUAUUGUUAUUAUUAUUAUUAUUAUUAUUAUUAUUAUUAUUAUUUACUGUGCAUUUGAAGGUGUGUGGUAAACUGCCUGGACUGAAACAUUACAACAUGAUAUCCGUGGAAACCGUUUCCAGUGCAACGUCUCAUUUUCCAACUCUUGUCCCAGUUUCAUCUUCUUCAUAAUCUCUGGGUUUUGAAUUUGCCGAACCAUUUCUACUCCUAAUAGUAUGUAAUACAAGCAAUUAAUGAACUUAAAAUCGCAACAUCUUCAGACAUAUGUUUUUUUUUAUUUUUGCAGCUGCAUGACAAAGAAAUUCGAUGCAUCUUCCGACUGGCAGGAAGAACAAAAAUUCUCCACCUCAAAGGAGUAAACGUCACUGAUAACAAAUACCACACGAUCAUUGUAAAAAGGCUGGGUAAUUAUGCCACACUACAAGUUGACUAUGCAGGAAAGGUAGACGGAAGUACAGGAGGAUCAAGUCACCUCAUGAAUCAUGGUGGAGGAGCUCUUUUUGCAGGUAUUACUAUACGUUAGUAUUUGAUUGGUUUGCAUAAUUUCGUAGCAGUGCACACAGAAAACGUUCGUCAAUAGCUCACAAGGAGGUGUGAUACUUGGUUAACGCUAUGAUAAGGAAUAAUCGAAAGGUUUUAACGGCUAUACGUAUGGGUAUGUAGUCACGAUAUACGUUCUGUUUUAUCUUUAAGCCAUUGGCCAUUGUGAAGAAACAAAACUGGAUAUAUAUUGAGUUAUGAGCGGCGCUUGUGAAUCUGUUCAUUUGUCCCAGUAUCCUAUAUGAAAACACCUCGGUGAAAAAGGAAGCUUUAAUGAAAAUACAACACUGAGUGUAGCAAAUCUUUUGUAGGUGGACUGAGAAGAUUAACAGCCUUGAAGGUGAUGCGAGCUAUUGUACAAAGCCACGGAAAAGCCAUCGUGCAGACGGCCAGUGGAAGCCUUAUAUCAACGUAUUCAGCAUUUUCUGGUUCUUCCUUAACUGGAGUGAACUUGAUAACAAUUGACAAGCAAGGGAACGUUCACGUUAAAAAGAUCAAAAACGCUACUCUGAUCAGGAUGUACCAAAAACACACCAUUCGAUCUAUCUUUAAUGAAAGUUCUCAAAAAAUUGUCAUUGGAAGUGCGGGGGUUAGUGUUACACAAGUGCGACUUAGCAACAACAGUCUUCAAAGUGUACAGCAAAUAAUACAGAGAAGACAACAGCAAAACGCAGGUGCGUCUGUCAAUGGUGGAAACGCUGCCUUCGUUGGAGGGAGACUUAAUAUCGCGGGUGGCUAUGGCUCAAGUUUUCAAUUAAGGAAAUCUGGCGGAGGAAAUGUUGCAAACAAAGAGGGCGUCGAUGAAUCAUAUGGAGGUAGGUCAGGUGGUUUGCUUACUAGGACAUACAAUUCUUUAUCAAGUGGUCAUUCUAAGAAAAUAGCCAACAUGCAUGUUACACAGUGAUAAAGGUUAGCAACUUACUACAGAAUUGAUUAGUCUAAAAGUAAAUUAAAGGACAAUAUAUAAUUGAUUAAAGAAUAUUAUCUUUAGACAGAAUAAGGAAUCACAAAUGGUAUCUGUCUUGCCAUUCCACGAAAGAAAACAAAUACUUAAAAUUAUUAAGGUUUUGUUUAUGCUGAGUGUACACGAGGUAUGAUACAGACCCAUAAAAUGUUGUCUUACGACAAAAUGAAGCAUUCAGUGAUCAUGUAUAAUAUGAAACGUAAAGCUUUUGGUGAAUAUAGCGCCAAAUCACAUAAUAUUUCAUUCACAGGCUGCAUUCCACAGAAUCGACUUAACUACUUUGACCUGGAUGACAAAAACAGUAAUGAUGUGAGAGCUGAGCGCCAAAACGUCGUAUUUGGUUGCCCAUGUGAAACCGGAGAAUGCGCGAAUAAUGGCACCUGCAUUCUCAAGAACAGCACGACGCUGGUGGAAAAUUCUACAACAUCCUGGAAAAUGUGUAAAUGCGUUGGAAUUUGGACUGGUCCUCGGUGCCAGAAAAAAGAUGACCUUGUAUUGGGUCUUGCUCCACGUGAGUAUUUUGUAACAACUAAGGCUAUGUAAUUAUAUUUUUUCAGUUGUUAUCUCACAAAUUCAGGUACGUUUUAAAGUAUUUUUAACUUCAUAAAGCAAUACUCAUGUCUGUUUUUCGUCUUAGAGAGGUGUCCGUCUUAUAGAGGGUAUAGUUACAGUAAAAUGACUAAAAAACGGUAGGGACCAAAACCAGGUGUCCAUCUUAGAGGGGUGUCCAUCUUAUAGAGGUGUCCGUUAAGAGAGAGUUGAAUGUAAACCCAUCAUCAUGCAGAGACAAGAAUUCAGAAUAAAGAGGUACUAAAGAACUUGAGAGGAGCCCUAAGUAUGUCCCCAAUGUUUAAUCGUUCUGCUAAGAAUUAAAACCCAUUGAUGCACCUCUUAAAUACAAACUUUCAGAAACUUUGUGAAAAGGUAUUGACUGGGAAUUACUAAGAGCAACUUAUGAGUUGUCCCAUUUAUUGGAUUAUUAUACACUGUAGUCACCAUCUGUCUUCUCAUUGGCUAAAAGCCUACAGUUAAUUCUGGAAAACAGCGCAACCUACAGAUUAUUCACUAAUUUGUACCUACAGAUUAGUGAAUAAUCUGUAGGUUGCGCGCGCAAUGCAUGAUUUCCAAGAACAAUGUCAAGUGCCCGGACAGCAAUGUCAAGUUCGCGGACAGCGAAGUAAGAAUGGCUUCUCGAUUCGCUUUAUCGACCCAGCAAGAAAUUGAGAAAUUACUUGAAGAUAAAGUAUAAUAAAAACAAUUAUUAGAUUCGGUUUUGUGAUAUCCGGAAUAAUCAAGGUCUCGGUUAGUGUUAUCAGCCGAAGCUUGAUUAUUCCGGAUAUCACAAAAACCUCAUCCAAUAAUUGUUUAUGAUUACAUGAAUUUUUCUUUAACAGCUGAACAAGUCCCGACCGGUCCGUCAUGGGUGUGGAACGCCGUGCUGGCUUUUCUUCUUCUUCUUCUUAUACUCCUGCUCCUACUGGGUCUUUACCUGCUCUGUAAGAAAUGCAGAAGCGAUGCCGUGGACGGCACGUCACCAUUGAAACCUGCCGAGGCCGUAUUACCAGGGGGACACGGAACAGUCAGGUCUUACUCGGACGUUGGGGCUGGAGAAGAGGAUAGCACAGACUAUGAUUUACGUCAUCUGAUGAAAUACAUGUAUACUGAACGAAUACACGGAGGGAUCGAUCUCGCACACGAGCAUGAAUACGCGAGUAUCAGAGUUUACAAAGACCAUGGGGUGCGAGGAACAGACAAUCACCAGUUUGACCUUCGGGAACUGAUGUCGUACAAAACGUACGUAGGUGGCAUUUUAAAGAAGCCAUGGACAUGUUUUUAUUUUUACUUUGACUGAUUCUUUUUGUCCCUGAAUUCUAAAAGAGGCUUCGAGAAAUUGUAUGUUAGUGUAUUAGACCAAAUUUCAAAAACCGUUUGUUGUCUGUUAAUAUAAGGUUUUCAGAAAAAGCGUAGAAAAGAAAAAGCAACAUGGUAGUUUAGUUGUAUGAAUCUCAGUCUUAAAUGCUGGAUACAGUUCCCAGAGAUUCGCUAUUGUGAUUCAGUAAGCAAAUUAAUGAUUAUUGUGUGAAACGACAUGGGACUGAACUAAUGAAGGUUUUAUUCAGAGCUAUAGUUACUUAUUUCUCACCACAGAAAGAAUUCCAUUUUCCCAUUUGUUUCCUUAUUUUUUUGACAUCUUUCUCUUAGGCAUCACGUGAUAACACACACGGUGGAAGAGAAACCUUUAGGAACUGGCAAUCCAGGCUUCCACGGUUCAACUCCGGCAGUGACAAGUAACCUUCACAGUGUAAUAGUGCAUCGCAUAACACAUGCAGAUAGUAACCCGUCUCUGUCACAUGACGAGAUGCACUGGUUCGAGGAUGAGGGAAUGGACCCUGAUGUGGAUGACUUGAGCCAAUUGGAAAGUGAAGACGAGGAGGACGUGGACCAACCAGAUGAUUGGUUCAGUCACUUUAUAAGUCUUGGAAGCGCCUGA